AUGAGCGAUUUCCAGGCGUUCCUUGAUGCCGAUGACUCUAUCGAGGAUAAUGACCAGGGCAAUAGCCCAACAGCUGCCAUCAAGGAUGCGCAGAAGCAGGACUUCCAAAGGUCCAGCCGACCCCAAUCCGCGAUGUCCACCAGCACGGCAGCAACGGAUGCAGGAAUGAUGGUAGGCGGAAUCCAGGUGCGCAUGCCCGGGCAAAGCCGCCCCGGCUCCGCCAGCAGCAACUACAGCCGGCCGCUGGGUGCGUCUGCUUCCGGCAGAGCUACGCUUGGUCCGGUGGAAAGCCUGCGCGGUCGAGGGCAAUCACCUGCACCUGCAACAGAAGGAUCUCCGACCAAGAGAAGCGGAGACACCAGAGCUCGGGUACCUUCACCAUCAGCAGACAAAGGUAUGCUUGGACCUGUGGACAGCUUGCGGGGCCGUUCAAAGUCGCCGGCCCCCGAUAGCCCGCCCUCGAAAAAUCUCGGUUUGGGGCCCGUGGAUAUGCUGAAAGGUAGAGCGCCUUCACCAGGAAAUAAGCCACAUUCUGGUGGUCUCAUGGGCCUGGGCCCUGUGGAUAGCCUGCGUGGGCGUUCGCAGUCGCCUGUUCCUGAGGUAAAGUCGCAAGGACGCGGCCUGGACUUGCGAGGUCGGGCGUCGCCAACUGCAGACAGAAGUGGCCUUCUGGGUCCAGUGGACAGUUUGCGGGGGCGAUCCAAUUCCCCUGUGCCGGAGCCUUCCAAACAUCUGGGACUGGGCCCGGUGGAUAGCCUGCGGGGCAGAUCGCAGUCACCUGCGCCGGGUCUGGCAGAUGGAUUCGGA